UCGGUGGUGUUCCUGUGCCAUCUGUUUUCCGAAAGGAGUUCUGUAAAAAAGGAUCUUUCCUGCAUACCAGAAACGGCAUCACAGCGUACAUCUGCGCUACCGCAGACGGGAGAGGAGGAGGAGAGCGUUGAUAUUUCGGGGCUUGCGGCUUUUGCAUGUAUUCAAAGGUUCCGUCUACCAAGGCUGCGACCUCAGAAUAGCGACCUCGUCGCCGCUGACAGCGUGGUGACGGAUCUACCCAUCGGGCAGCAAGAUCGGGGUAACAACACGAGAGGAGGCGGAAAGGCGAGCCAUCACUUCUUCGCUCUGACCAAACCGCCGGAACUGAGCAGACUUGGGCACCCGUCUCCGUGUGCGCGGGGAAAACGGUAUCAGCUCUGGGGUAUUCAUUCCACGGGUUGGAACACACGUUUGACUCGGGAGGUGUCGAAAGGAGUGAUACAAACUGUUUAUAAUAAACGUAGCAGGUUGCUAAGAUUAUUUAUUUUUCCAAGAGAAAACAGCUUGCCUGGAAGGAUUUGGGGAUAUUUUACAGUCGCGAUAGACUGCUCUUCGGGAACCAAAUCCAGGUGGUGUGUUGAGCCCAAGCACAGCCCAGUGCUGGAUCCCAGAGGGACUGCCAGUGUGGUUAGGACCCUUGAGACCCAGGAGGGUGGAUGGAGCGAUCACGGACGGGGAAUCCGGGGACAUCCGCCUGCCUCUGGUUGGGGCUGGUGUCUGUGGCAGUAGCCUUCCUGUGCACGGAGGCCCGGACCACUCCGAGCCCAGCGGUGGCCGAGCACAAUGCCACCUGCAAGGGAAACUCAAAGUGCAACCCUGGGAUCAUCCUGCCCAUCUGGUACCCAGAGGACCCCUCCAUGGGGGACAAGAUUGCGCGGGUCAUCGUCUACUUUGUGGCCAUGAUCUACAUGUUCCUCGGCGUGUCUAUCAUCGCCGACCGCUUCAUGGCGGCCAUUGAGGUCAUCACCUCCCAGGAGAAGGAGAUUGUCAUCAAGAGGCCCAACGGGGAGACGACCACCACAACCAUCCGGGUGUGGAACGAGACGGUAUCCAACCUCACCCUGAUGGCCCUGGGCUCCUCCGCCCCCGAGAUCAUGCUCUCCGUCAUCGAGGUGUGCGGACACGGCUUCGAGGCCGGCCAGCUGGGCCCCGCCACCAUCGUGGGAAGCGCCGCCUUCAACAUGUUUGUCAUCAUCGGCCUGUGUGUGUCCGUCAUCCCCGACGGGGAGACGCGCAAGAUCAAGCACCUGCGGGUGUUCUUCGUCACGGCGGGCUGGAGCAUCUUCGCCUACAUCUGGCUCUACAUGAUCCUGGCCGUGUUCUCGCCCAACGUGGUGCAGAUCUGGGAGGGCCUGGUGACGCUCUCCUUCUUCCCCAUCUGCGUGGUCCUGGCCUGGGUGGCCGACCGCCGGCUGCUGUUCUACAAGUUCAUGCGCAAGAAGUACCGCGCCGACAAGCACAGAGGCGUCAUCAUCGAGACCGAGGGCGACCGCUCCAAGGGCAUCGAGAUGGACGGCAAGAUGGCCAACUCGCAUUUCGCCGACGGCGGCGCCACCAGCAACCUGAUGGGCCUGAUCGAGGGCAAGGAGGUGGACGAGUCCCGCCGCGACAUGAUCCGCAUCCUCAAGGACCUGAAGCAGAAGCACCCGGAGAAGGAGCUGGACCAGCUGGUGGAGAUGGCCAACUACUACGCCCUGUCCCACCAGCAGAAGAGCCGCGCCUUCUACCGCAUCCAGGCCACGCGCAUGAUGACGGGCGCCGGCAACAUCCUGAAGAAGCACGUGGCGGAGCAGGCCAAGAGGAGUGCCAGCGUCCAGGAGGUCCACGUGGAGGAGCCCGAGGAGUACGUGUCCCGCAUCGCCUUCGACCCCGCCGUCUACCAGUGCCUGGAGAACUGUGGGGCCGCCCUGCUGACCCUGGUCAGGAAGGGCGGGGACAUCUCCAAGACCAUCUACGUGGACUACAAGACGGAGGACGGCUCGGCCAACGCGGGGGCCGACUACGAGUUCACCGAGGGCACGGUGGUGUUCAAAGCGGGCGAGGUGGUGAAGGACAUCAGCGUCGGCAUCAUCGACGACGACAUCUUCGAGGAGGACGAGCACUUCUUCGUGCGCCUCAGCAACGUGCGCGUCCUGGAGGCCGAGGACGAGCUGUUGUCCCCCAACAGCCUCCCGUACCCCCGGGCCAUGCUGGGGUGUUUCCCCGUGGCCACCGUCACCAUCCUGGACGACGACCAUGCCGGCAUCUUCACCUUCGAGAGCGACUCGGCGCACGUGAGCGAGAGCGUGGGCGUCAUGGAGGUGAAGGUGCUGAGGACUUCCGGGGCGCGUGGGACCGUCAUCGUGCCCUUUCGCUCGGUGGAAGGACUGGCCAAGGGAGGAGGGGAGGACUUUGAAGACAUCUACGGAGAGCUGGAGUUCAAAAACGAUGAAACCUGGUAA